AUGUCUAAUAGGAUAGUAAGUCUCAGUUUUUCUUCUUUGGUUUAGUGUAGAGUGGCUCUCAUUUUAUUUACCACACAUUUCCUGGAGCCAAAGUGCUUUUAUUUAAAAUCAUGGCUCUGUUACUUACAAGCUUGUUACCUUGGGCCAGCUAUUUAACCUCUCUAUGCCUUAGUUUCUUCAUUCAUAAAAUGGGGAUAAAAGUAUCUGUAAGGUUAUAGUAGAGAUUAAACAAGUUAAUGUGUAUAACGUGAUCUGGAAUACAGAAAGUCCUAUGUAAGUAUUAGCUAUUAUUCUUAUUAUAUUCUAGGCUCUACAGUACACAGACCUGAUUGGUUCCUCUCCUCAAAGAGCUCGUUGUCCAGUCAGGAAGAUUUUCUUUUCUUUUUUUUUGAGACAGGGUCUUGCUCUGUCACCCAGGCUGAAGUGCAGUGGCGCAAUCUCAGCUCACUGCAACCUCCACCUCCUGGGUUCAAGAGAUUCUCCUGCCUCAGCCUCCCGAGUAGAGUAGCUAGGACUACAGAUGCACAACACCAUGACCGGCUAAUUUUUCUAUUUUUAGUAUUUCACCAUGUUGGCCAAGCUGGUCUUGAACUCCUGACCUCAAGUGAUCAGCCCACCUCGGCCUCCCAAAGUACUGGGAAUACAGGCAUGAGCCACCAUGCCCGGCCAGGCAGAUUUUCAAAUAAAUGGCCAUAAUUCAGUGUUCUGAGCUCUGUAACAAGGUGUACACUAAGUGGUAGGGGAGCAGAGGCAGGGAUGUCUGUCUUAUCCUAGAGGGAAAGACAGGGGCAGGAUAAGCUUUUUGAGGAAAAAGUUUGAGUCUAAUCCUUAAGGAAGAGCAUGUUGGGAACAUGUGAGACUAUAAAGCAGUCACAGGCAGCAUGGGAAAGGUAGUUUCUGGCUGCAAAAUAAAUAUGGUUAGGAGAAAAGGGAAGAUGUGAACUGUAGUAUGUAAUGACCAGCACCAUCAACAUCACCUGGGGGCCUGUUAGGACUAUAGGAUCCAGGCCUUACCUGAUAUCUAUACUACCAAUAUUUGCGUUUUAACAAGAUCCUCAAGCGGUUCCUAUUGACCAUUAAAGUUUAGAACCACUGGUCUAGAGCAUAGGCUCUGGAGCCAACAUAAUCAGGUUUAAAUCCCAGCUUUACCUUUUUUUUUUGUUUGUUUUAAGAUGGAGUCUUGCUCUGUUGCCCACGCUGGAAUGCAGUAGAGCGAUCAUGGCUCACUGCAACCUCCACCUCCCUGGUUCAAGCAAUUCUCCUGUCUCAGCCUCCCGAGUAGCUGGGAUUACAGGCACAUGCCACCACGCCCAGCUAAUUUUUGUAUUUUUAGUAGAGGUGGGCUUUCACCAUGUUGGCCAGGCUGGUCUUGAACUCCUGACCUCAAAUGAUCCACUUGCCUCAGCCUCCCAAAGUGAUGGGUUUACAGGCGUGAGCCACGAUUUACUUAUGUGUGACUUUAGGCAAGCUAUUUUGCUUCUUUCCUAGACUUUAGUUGCCUCCUUUGUAAUUAGAGAUAAUAAAAGUUUCCACCUCAUAAAGUUGUUCUAAGGACUGAAUUACUAUGUAAAAUGCUUAGACCAGUAUGUGGCACUUAGUAAGCACAAGGAUUGACUAUAAUAAUUCAUCACUCAUAUGCUACUUCUUAAGGUCAGAGUCAGUUUUAUAAGCCCCUUGUCUUUCAAUUUCUACUCCAUUGUUGAGGAGUAGACAUUCAUUGUCAUUUUGACAUUCACUGUAGAGGAAAGGACAUUUGGAGGUCAGAAGACCUGGGAUUACAAAGCCUAGCUCUCUUCCAAUUCCUAGCUCCGUGAAAUUUGGUGAGUCCUUGGAACAUCUAUGUUUUCCUCAUUCAUAGUAUGAAAGACCUUAAUCGUACAUGUCACACUGAAAUGUUGCGAGGCUCAAAUCAAAUAACAUAUGUUAAAGUACAAAAACCCUCUAUGAAGAUUUCACUUACUAUCUUUCCAAGAGUUCUUAAGCAACUGGAUGCAUAGGAAGAUCAGGUAGACAGCGGAGGGAGGGCCUGGUGAUUAAUAUGUUCCACUUUACGAUUUUCUGAAGGUGUAGGUUGGGUUUCAACAACAGUGACUUUCCUAGACCUCGGAGGGUAUUUUUAGCUAAUGGGCAAAUAGUAGUAGGAAACUUAAAUGCUGUUAUUUACCUUCUCUUCCUAACCUACAGUUCCACUCAAGAACAUGAAGAGUCUCAUACGUUUGUAUAGUGGUUCACAACUUACAACGUUUACGUGGUGCAUCACAAGAUCCCUAUAGAGUAGUAUUAACCCAAUUUUUCAAGAAGGAAACUAUGUCUGGAAAUUGUAGAAUGCAUAUUAAAAACUCUUUCUGACGAGCGUUUCUACCGGAUCCGAUGUUACCCAAAGUACAAAAUUUAAAGAGGGAAGUCAAUCACAAGAUUUCAUUGAAUCUUCAGUAUCAGGCAACUGGCUUCUAUUUUAUGGCCGCAAAUAACUAUAUAUUGGGCCCCUUUUCUCACCUGUAAAAUAGGAACGAAAAGACCUUCUCCACAAAUAAGAUGAAAUAAGAACAAAGGCUGAGGGUGAACCUACCACGUCGUAGGGCCUCAAAUAAAUUCCUUCUCCUUCUUGCCCUUGACAGAGAUAGCACGAGAUAUCACUACCAUUCCCAUUUCACACGUGGAGGAAAUCCAACGCGAGAACGCUCGGAUUUCCCCUUCUCUACUUGCAACAACUCCGUAACCCGCAAAUCGGCUACGGACAACUGCGAUGUCCACUAUGUUAGUUCUCGUAGCGUGGAUUCUCUCUCCUCAAGAUGCCAUCUGGGGGGGCUAGAGGCCGCUAAUAAUUGCCCUCACGAUCGAAGAAACUCGAUCCUAAUCCUCGACUGCACUUCAGGAACAAAGCUGCUCUCCCAUCAUCCCUAACCUCACUACCGUAAAGGUCGCAGCAGAGCCCCUGCGCCAGCCGCUAGCGCCAUCUUGGCCGCUACGUGUGACGCCACACGUAGCAGAGAGCGCAGCCGAUUGGCUGGGAGACGGCAGCCCAGGAGAGGCGCGCGAAGCCAGAGACAGGAGGGUAUGCAGGAGAAACCAAGGGAACUACAAUCCCGGCCUUCCUUGCGCGUACGACAGCAAACCUGGAGCGAAAGAGGUUGGAGUUUGGAUUCGGACCACAACUCCCAGCACCCUCCGCGAUGUCUGUCGUUUUCUUUCAUAACGCGGAGGAAAAGAAGGACAAGAUGAAUGGAGGCCUUUUGGUGUUUGUUCUCCGAAAGGCGGGAAAGGCGAACUACACCUCCCGACUGGCCGCGCGCGGCUGCGCCUGCGCUCUGUUACCUGUCGCCAUCUUGCCCCUUCAGAGGCACCGCAAACAAACCCAAUUCCUGGUGUCCCCUAGUCUUGGCGGAGGAGCCUUUUAGAUGAGCCCCGAAAGGCCGGGCAGGGAGGACAAGCUCUUUGGGGCUACCAAACAGAAGCAGCAAUGCCUGUUGUGUGGCCAACCCUUCUGGAUCUCAGCAGGGAUGAAUGCAAAAGGAUUCUUCGAAAAUUGGAAUUGGAGGCAUAUGCUGGAGUUAUCAGUGCACUUCGGGCACAGGGGGAUCUCACCAAGGAAAAGAAAGAUCUUCUUGGAGAACUAUCAAAAGUUCUUAGCAUCUCAACAGAACGCCACCGUGCUGAAGUUCGGAGAGCAGUAAACGAUGAACGGUUAACAACAAUUGCACAUAAAAUGAAUUUAUCCUUAUAUUUGGGUGAAAGACCAAGUUACAGUAUGUCUGGACCUAAUAGCUCUUCAGAAUGGUCCAUUGAAGGUCGUCGAUUGGUACCACUGAUGCCCCGGCUCGUUCCCCAAACCGCCUUUACUGUAACAGCUAAUGCUGUUGCUAAUGCAGCUAUCCAGCAUAAUGCAUCUCUUCCAGUGCCUGCAGAAACAGGAAGCAAGGAAGUAGUGGUUUGCUAUUCCUACACAAGUACCACGUCAACCCCAACCUCUACCCCUGUUCCAAGUGGCAGCAUAGCAACGGUUAAGUCUCCAAGACCUGCCAGUCCUGCCUCCAAUGUAGUUGUCUUGCCAAGUGGAAGUACUGUUUAUGUCAAAAGUGUAAGCUGUUCAGAUGAAGAUGAAAAACCCAGAAAACGAAGGCGAACAAACUCUUCCAGCUCCUCUCCUGUUGUUCUAAAGGAAGUUCCAAAGGCCGUUGUUCCAGUCUCAAAGACGAUCACUGUGCCUGUGACUGGUAGUCCCAAGAUGAGCAACAUCAUGCAGAGCAUUGCCAACUCCUUACCACCCCACAUGUCUCCUGUAAAAAUAACCUUCACUAAACCAUCAACACAGACAACAAACACAACAACACAGAAGGUUAUUAUAGUCACCACAUCACCAAGCUCAACCUUCGUGCCCAACAUUCUCUCCAAAUCCCAUAACUAUGCAGCAGUCACUAAGCUUGUACCAACGUCAGUCAUUGCUUCUACAACCCAGAAGCCGCCAGUUGUUAUAACUGCUUCACAGUCCUCUCUGGUCAGUAAUAGCAGCAGUGGCAGCAGCAGUUCUACACCAUCACCUAUUCCUAAUACAGUUGCAGUAACAGCUGUGGUGUCCUCUACACCAUCUGUGGUCAUGUCAACAGUAGCACAAGGUGUAUCUACAUCAGCAAUCAAAAUGGCAUCAACCAGACUUCCUUCCCCCAAAAGCUUAGUGAGUGCCCCAACUCAGAUUCUUGCACAGUUCCCUAAACAACAUCAACAGUCUCCUAAGCAGCAGUUAUAUCAAGUGCAACAGCAGACACAGCAACAAGUGGCCCAGCCUUCUCCAGUAUCUCAUCAGCAACAGCCUCAGCAGUCUCCUUUGCCACCUGGUAUUAAACCUACCAUCCAAAUCAAACAGGAGUCAGGUGUUAAAAUCAUCACACAACAGGUUCAACCAAGUAAAAUCUUACCCAAACCAGUGACAGCAACUCUACCCACCAGUAGCAAUUCCCCUAUUAUGGUGGUUAGCAGUAAUGGUGCAAUUAUGACAACUAAACUGGUAACCACUCCUACUGGCACACAAGCAACCUAUACCCGGCCAACAGUGAGCCCAUCCAUUGGUCGGAUGGCUGCAACCCCUGGAGCUGCAACCUAUGUGAAAACUACGAGUGGUAGCAUCAUUACAGUAGUACCCAAAUCAUUAGCUACCUUGGGGGGCAAGAUAAUUAGCAGUAAUAUAGUUUCUGGAACGACUACCAAAAUCACUACAAUCCCAAUGACUUCCAAGCCCAACGUGAUUGUUGUACAAAAGACUACAGGAAAAGGAACGACCAUUCAAGGCCUCCCGGGCAAAAAUGUUGUCACAACGUUGCUAAAUGCUGGAGGAGAAAAGACUAUUCAGACAGUACCAACAGGAGCAAAGCCAGCUAUCCUCACUGCUACAAGACCCAUCACCAAAAUGAUUGUAACGCAGCCAAAAGGAAUAGGUUCUACAGUUCAACCAGCAGCUAAAAUCAUCCCAACAAAAAUUGUUUAUGGGCAGCAAGGGAAAACGCAGGUUCUUAUUAAACCCAAACCAGUGACUUUUCAAGCGACAGUUGUUAGUGAACAAACAAGACAGCUAGUAACAGAAACAUUACAGCAAGCAUCCAGGGUAGCAGAGGCUGGUAAUUCAUCUAUUCAGGAAGGAAAAGAAGAACCACAGAAUUAUACAGAUAGUAGUUCCUCUUCUACAGAGUCCUCCCAGAGUUCCCAAGAUUCCCAGCCUGUAGUUCAUGUAAUUGCUUCCCGGCGUCAGGAUUGGUCAGAACAUGAGAUUGCAAUGGAGACUAGCCCUACCAUAAUUUAUCAGGAUGUAUCCAGUGAAUCACAAUCAGCUACUUCAACAAUCAAAGCUCUGUUAGAACUCCAACAGACAACAGUAAAGGAAAAAUUGGAAUCUAAACCAAGACAACCCACUAUUGACCUGAGUCAAAUGGCAGUGCCUAUUCAGAUGACCCAGGAAAAGAGACAUUCUCCUGAGAGUCCAUCAAUUGCUGUGGUAGAGUCAGAACUAGUAGCUGAAUACAUCACUACUGAACGCACUGAUGAGGGGACAGAGGUUGCUUUUCCCCUUCUAGUCAGCCAUCGCUCCCAGCCCCAACAGCCUUCCCAGCCCCAGCGGACCCUGCUCCAGCAUGUGGCUCAGUCACAGACCGCAACACAGACUUCGGUGGUGGUGAAGUCCAUCCCAGCAUCUUCCCCUGGAGCAAUCACCCACAUUAUGCAGCAGGCAUUAAGCAGUCACACUGCUUUUACCAAACACAGCGAGGAACUUGGAACUGAGGAGGGCGAGGUUGAAGAGAUGGACACUUUAGACCCUCAGACAGGUCUGUUUUACCGAUCUGCCCUGACUCAGUCACAGUCAGCUAAACAGCAGAAACUUAGCCAGCCCCCGCUGGAACAGACUCAGCUGCAAGUGAAAACUCUGCAGUGCUUCCAGACUAAACAGAAGCAGACCAUCCACCUGCAGGCAGACCAGCUCCAGCACAAACUCCCGCAAAUGCCCCAGCUUUCCAUCAGGCAUCAAAAACUCACCCCUCUCCAGCAAGAACAAGCACAGCCCAAGCCAGAUGUACAGCACACACAGCAUCCCAUGGUGGCCAAAGACAGGCAGCUUCCUACCUUAAUGGCACAGCCCCCGCAAACUGUAGUACAGGUGCUUGCAGUGAAAACCACGCAGCAGCUCCCUAAACUGCAGCAGGCUCCGAACCAACCAAAAAUCUACGUGCAACCCCAAACCCCCCAGAGCCAAAUGUCGCUCCCAGCUUCUUCAGAGAAACAGACGGCAAGCCAGGUGGAGCAGCCAGUUAUAACCCAAGGAUCCUCUGUUACAAAGAUAACUUUUGAGGGGCGCCAGCCUCCCACAGUUACAAAGAUAACUGGUGGCAGUUCUGUGCCUAAGCUGACAUCACCAGUUACAAGCAUAUCUCCCAUUCAGGCCUCUGAGAAGACAGCAGUGUCUGACAUUUUGAAAAUGUCUUUGAUGGAAGCUCAGAUUGAUACAAAUGUAGAACAUAUGAUAGUGGAUCCCCCAAAGAAGGCUCUUGCCACUAGCAUGCUCACUGGUGAAGCAGGAUCAUUACCCUCCACCCACAUGGUGGUGGCAGGGAUGGCGAAUUCCACUCCCCAGCAACAGAAAUGUAGAGAGUCCUGUUCGAGUCCAUCCACUGUUGGCUCUUCCCUAACGACAAGGAAAAUUGAUCCACCAGCGGUGCCUGCGACAGGCCAGUUCAUGCGUAUUCAGAAUGUAGGCCAAAAGAAAGCUGAAGAGAGUCCAGCAGAAAUUAUCAUCCAGGUCAAGACUAAAGAAUUACUGAGUCCAGGCUACCCCUUAGAAGUUGUAUUUUAUCUCCCUCUCUCCUUGCAAGGCUAUUCCUCAGUAUGCCAUUCCUUGUCACUCCAGCUCCAAUGUGGUGGUGGAGCCCAGUGGGCUUCUUGAGCUAAACAACUUCACUAGUCAACAGCUGGAUGAUGAGGAGACAGCAAUGGAGCAGGACAUAGACAGUAGCACAGAGGAUGGAACUGAACCCAGCCCUUCUCAGAGCUCUGCUGAACGGUCCUAGUGUUUGGACACAAUAGUGCACUUUAAAACCUGCUUGGUUACCAAGUGUCCAGGGAAACCCUUGUAUUUUGAUGACUAAAAAGAGCACUUUGCCCGUACUUAGGCUGUGGACCCUAAAACAGCAGUGUUUCAACAAGAUGUUGCUGCAGGAGCAGCUUUUUAAAACAAGAUAAAACUCACAGGGGAAUGUACUUUUUUAAAAAAAAAUGAAAAAGAAAAAAAAAAGCUGCACAUUUACAGUGACUUAAGACCUGGUCUUCUUUCUCUGUUGGAUCAUGGCCGGUGAAAAAGUUUUGUCUUGCAGUGGAAAGAGACUUCCUGUGAAUGUUUCUCAACUGGUUUCUACUGAGCAAAAUACCAUCUAAAAGGAGAAUGUGAAUAGUUGUAUUUUGAAAUGAUGUGUCAGGAAAAGUUUUUUAAAAACUUGUAUGUUUUUGCAAAUCCCUGGAAGUGUUGAAUUGGUUAAAAUUUUACAUUUGCUCAGUUCAUAGUUUAUAAACACCUAGAAUAAUACUGGCAUUAAAGAAUCCUUGUUGUAUGGUAGAAAUCAGAUCCCUAACCAGUGGGAGGUACUUUUUGGGUGGCUUGUGCAUUCUUAUCAGUUGUGUGCUAAUUUAUUGUAUUGUUCCUUUGUGCUCUAAGCAGCACACUUGCCUUCUAUUUAUUUAAGUGUAAACAUUUCAAAGCAGGCCGUACUCCUUCUGACAAAUUUCUUGUAAACCAGGAUUGCCUACGCUUUCCACUGUCGUCGUCUCCCCACUUUCCCUCUUCCUUUAAGAAAACUUACUAAAAAAUGUUUCAUUGCAAAGCAGAGGAAAAGAAACGUUUUCAGACCUAAAGGAAAUGUUUGGUCAUGUUAAGAAAACAAAUUAUUCGUUCAUAUGAUGCUUUCUUAACAUUGAAAUUGCACAUUCACAUUGGACUGAGACUUUGACAAUAACUUUUACAUACUUUUGUUUAAGCCCCUUUGAAAUGUAUAAAAAGUUCAUUUACAGUUCUAAAUGUAAUGUUUUUAAGCCUUCUAUCUUUUUAGGACACAGUUUGUUUAAGCAAUAUGUUUUGGUCUUGUGAUCACUGUCUGUCACAAGUAGAGUGAAAGGGGUAAGGGUGUGGGAGGGUAAGAGUUUUGACAAGUUGUGGCAAAGGAAACUAUACUUUUCAUUUUUAAAAAUGUAAAUAGAAAAGUUUUUAACGGUUUUAUAUAGAUUUCACUAUAAAUAAGCAUUUUAAGACUGACAAAUGUUGAACUGUACAUACAUUUAUCAGCAUAACUGCCCAGUUUUUUUUGGUGCUGAAGUACUGUAAGUAGAAUUCAUCAACAGUCUCCUAAUUUUUGCAUCUACAUCUGGGGGGAAAAAAGCUGUGAUACUAUAGUUAAUAAAUUCCCACUAAAGUGACACUGAAGAUUUAAACACAAGCAUUCAUAAGAUGCACUGAUCUCUGGUGGUUGUCACUAGUUCUGCUAGGUGAUAAUGAUUUACCCAUAGAUGGAGCUGUUGGAUAUUAUUUUAUUGUACAAAUUCAUGUUUAAAAAACUUUGUGACUGUUUCUAGUUAAGUAAUUUUUUAACCUUUCUUGGGUCAUAGACUUCUUUGGUAAACUAUGAACUCUCACCAAAAAGAUACACAUGCAACAUGUUAAAUACAUGUUAGACUUUGCAUACAAUUUUAGGGGCUCAUGGGCCUCUAAGCCUAUCCAUGUAUUCCAGGUUAAGCCCUCUGUUAUGAUCAAUCCAUUACUUACAGAUUAAGUUUUUAUAAAAUAAAGUAUCUUUUAAAUAUUCAUGGAUCAAGUAACAAGAGCAAACUUGAAUAAAGUUAUGUUCUACAUAUUUUGGCAGCAUAGCAUACCUGUGUCCCUUGAUAAUUUAGCCUUCAUAUGUUUCUGCAAUUGGAAUGGCAAAUAAAAGUGCUAUCAUCUA